AUGAAGGGUCUUCAUCUCCACCUCUUCCUAGUCACCAUGACGGUCGUUGCGUACAUCUCGGCGGCUACACCGGCGGCUCCUGCGGUGGGAGGACCUUUGGCGGAUAAAUGCAGCAAAGAUAUUCAACAAGUGACUUUGUGUUUGGAUUUCGCGACCGGGAAGGCACCGACUCCGUCUAAGAAGUGUUGUGACGCUGUGGAAGACAUAAAAGAGAAAGAUCCAGAGUGUUUGUGUUAUGUGAUACAACAAGCCAAGUCAGGAGGACAAGCGAUGAAGGAUUUUGGUAUCCAAGAAGGCAAACUUAUUCAACUUCCUUCUUCUUGUCAGCUCCACAACGCUAGCAUCUCCAACUGCCCAAAACUUCUUGGGAUUUCGCCGAGCUCGCCAGACGCAGCCGUAUUCACAAACAAUUCCACUUCAGCAACAACACCGACUGCUCCGGCAGGGAAGUCUCCAGCAACUCCAGCGACGUCUGCGGAUAAGGGAGGAUCAGCUUCCAUAAGAGAUGGUCACGCCUUCGUGGCUCUAGCCGUGGCUUUGAUCGCCGUCUCCUUCAUCUCGACCUUGCCUUGGAUGGGUUUGGCCUAA